UCCAUAAAACACAAGAGAUGAAACCUAGCUAGCGGGUCAUCAGCAGACACUUUCUAGACUUUAUUUUUGGGAUAUCACAAAUUCACUCCACCCUCCAUUCCUAGCGGGUCUCUAGGGAGUCCUCUAUUGUAAGUUAGAAUUAAGAAUUAUUGCUGGUGUUAGAACAAAUUUGAAUACCCCUAAGGCAACCCCAUUUAGAUUGGGUAUUUAAUUUAGGGCUUAUUGAUGGAAUUGCUCUAAGGAAGCCACGCUGACUAGGAAUCCAAAUUCCCGGGCUACUUAAUCAUGCCCCUUCUAUACUAUGUGGUAAUGUUUGUAGGAAGCUUGUAAUAUGAGGGCUUGUUUGUUUGAGUAGCUUUUUUACUGGCUUUUUUAUUCUAAAAAUUUAAUUCGUUCUGGGAGGAUAGCUUCGCAUCAUACACUAGCUUUUAGAAGAUGUAUUUAGCUUUCAAAGCUUAAAAAGCUACGAAAAAACUCAUAAAACUAAGCUUUCAAUAUAAAAUCAUCCUUUGUGGGCUUGCGGUUUUCUAGAAGUUGCACAAGGAAUUGUUGUUUGUUUGAGCUUCUGGCUUUUCACGCUAAGAAACUACCAGGAAGCUCAAACAAACAGAGCCUAAAUAACUAAUACAGAGUUGCUCUUGGUCUAGACAAUAAGAGAAGCAGCAGUCACUGCUCAUCAAAAAUAAAAAAUAUUCAUUUGUGUGCAGCCCUCUUUGAAAAAUAUGUAAGCUUACUCCUUGGAGCUGACUUCUAUUGAUUCAAACCCAGCCCAUUUUACAUCAGUAAAAACCCAGCAAGCAAAUAAAGCCUAUGUUUAAUAUGAUCUACUGAUUCUGCUCUAUUCAACUAGUUUUUACUUAUAACACUCUAUUCAACUUGUUGGAGUCAUUCAUAGACUACCCUUUUCAUUUGUGCAUUGCGCCAAACUCUGCAACUUGUGUGCGGAUGCAGCUGCACCCGAGAAUUGGACAAUGAACCUAGGCACCUCGCUAUGCAGGAUUGCAGAUAGAAAUAGCGCGUGCCAACAAGAGGCUGCCCAACUCAACCAGGCAGCCGCCUCAGUUCAGCUCAGGAACCACCACUUGCCAGACAUGGAUAGGUGCGUGUGCGUCACCCUCACGCGGCCACACGCCGUCCUGCUUGGGCUCGUGCUCCUCGCCGCGGCGGCGGUGGCGACGGCGCCGGCCUCCAAGUCCAACCAGCAAUGCCACUCCGGUGACAGGGCGGCGCUGCUCGCCGUCAAGGCGGCGUUCGGCAACGCCUCCUACUUCGUCUCGUGGACGGCCGACAUCCCCUGCUGCGACUGGUUCGGCGUCCGCUGCGACGCGACAUCCUCCUCCUCCGCCACGGCCACGGGCGGCCGCCGCGUCGUCAGCCUGGCCGUCAUGCGCGACGCCGGCGUCAGCGGCCCCGUGCCCGGCGCCGCCAUCGCCCGCCUCGCCGGCCUCCAGGAGCUCCUGUUCCUCCACGUGCCCGGCGUGUCGGACGCCAUCCCUCCGGCGCUCGCCCGCCUCUCCGCCCUCACGGACCUCACCAUCUCCCGCACCGGCGUCUCGGGCCCCGUGCCGGCAUUCCUGGGCAAGCUCCGCGCGCUCAGGUCGCUGGACCUCUCCUUCAACGCGCUCACCGGCGCCGUCCCGGCGUCCCUGGCCGCGCUCCCGCGCCUGUCCAGCAUCAACCUCGGCCGCAACCGCCUCACGGGCGCCAUCCCGCCGCUGCUCCUGAGCAAGGCCGGCCCGGAGGCGUUCCUGACGCUGUCGCACAACAACCUGUCCGGGACCGUCCCGGCCGAGUUCGCCGCCGUCAGCUUCGUGCAAGUGGACCUGUCGCGCAACGCGCUCACCGGCGACGCCUCGGCCCUGUUCGGGCGCGGGAAGGCGCUGCUGGCCGCCGUGAACCUGUCGCGCAACGCCCUGAGCUUCGACAUGUCCCGGCUGGAGUUCCCGGAGCGGCUGGCGUCGCUGGACGUGAGCCACAACGCGAUCCGCGGCGGCGUCCCGGCGGCGGCCGGGAACCUGAGCCAGCUCAUGUUCUUCAACGUCAGCUACAACCAGCUCUGCGGCGAGCUGCCGAGGGGCAUGGCCAGCUUCGAGGUCUACAGCUUCCGGCACAACAAGUGCCUCUGCGGCGCUCCCCUUCCGGCCUGCCAAGCAUAAGCUGCUGCUGACUGCUGAGCUGAUCAUCUUUAGAUGCGAUAUCGAAAUGCAAUGCAUACGCCGACGAAUGAAUUCCAUCCCCAAUAAUGAACAAAUGAAAUGUGUUGCUCAUGGUGCAAUGAUCGACCACGAUCAUCUGCUCUUCUGAGACGACAGAGAUGCAAAUUUGUUCAAUAUUUCGAAUAUAUAAUGUCCUCUUGCAUUCUCCA